AUGGAUGUACAAAUCAAUACUGGAGUUGCGGAGGACAUCAAGCGCUCGCAGGAAGAAUCCGAAUCGGAAAUUGCUUAUGCUCUCGCUGUGGAAAAGUACGUCCUUGCUCCCGUGCACAGUUUUACAUCUCAACGUGCCAGGUUUCACGAGGACGGUGGUGCGGACAUGAUGCGAUGGGCAAGCACUCUUGGUCCUGUCCCUGCUGCACAAUGCGCCCACGACAACAUAUUCUCUGUCCAGCUUGUAGAGAACACGCUCGCCUUGGCCAAGGUAGCCUCACGCAUUGUCUGGGGCAUCCGGAGUAGCAUGGAGCAGUACAAAGACAUUGAAACUGACUUCGUCAAAAUCAAAACUGAACUUCAAGAUGCCUUCAACGCCGUCAUCGAUUCUCUGCCAGGGGCCAAGGAGCCUGGAAUCCCUGCCGUCACUCUGCCAGUCCCAUCCGACAACGGUUGUAUUGGUGCUGCUUCCUCUCCAGAGCCUCCCCACCCACAGUCACCACAGUCAGACAUCUAUGGAAUCUCGCCCGGCCAGAUUUGGUCCGACUGCGACUACUUGCCUGGCCAAAUCCUUUCCGACCAUGACUACCUCCCGCCUGCCUCUGACUCGGCGACCACACCUCAUGUAUAUGCCCCAGCCCCUCACAUGCUCAACUCCACUAAUGGCGACCCUCUCCCUGACUCGCUUACAUCGACCAUCCAUGCUGCUGCUCAUGCAUUUGGGAAGUAUCUAGUCGACCACCUCGAUCAAGCUCUGGAUCACCGCUUUGGCAACCUACAGCACCAGCUAGAGUCUACGUUGUCUCAGUCUACAGCAGAUCGUCUAUCUCCUGUAGUGGGCCACUCAAGGGGCAGGGGCGGUGAUGAUCAAGUGCUCUUGUCUACGCUCGAUGACAGUGCCCUGGAGGAUGCCUGUCCCGAGCUCAAGCGCCAGCGCCUGUCCUAA